AUGCCUAAAGUUAAUAAGGGUAAAAGGUCUGUUGGUCAUAAAGGUCCUUAUCAGGAUAAAAGUGUUUCUAAAACUGUUCCUUCUUCUGUUCCUUCUGAGUUUCCCAAUAUCGACUCUAUUGGUCGUAAGAUUGUUCCUCGUGCUAUUGUUGGUGGUUCUAAAUGUGUCCGUUGUCAGGAACGUGAUACAAGUAUUUCUUCUUUGAAGUCAGAAAUUAAGUUUCUUCGCUCUGUUAUCCAGCCUCAAAUGGGUGUUAUUUCUAAUCUUUCUAGUGUUUCUAAGAAGGGUGUUAUUUCUUGUGAUGUGGGUGUUCAGUCUGAUUUUAUGUCAGCGGUGUUGUGUGUUGAUCGUGGUGUUAGUCCUAUUUAUAAAGUUGAUUGGUCUGAUGUUGUCAAUUCUGAGCUAAUCGAUCUAUCCGGUGUUGUUGAUGUAGAUUGA